CCGUGAGGAGUCUGGCCGGGUGGAGGCAGACAGACAACACUGCUCUCUCUCUCUCUCUUCUUCCUUCUUCUACUGUCUCUCUCCUUUCUGCGUGCGUCCCGCUCGGGCUCCAGCUCGGCUCAAGGAGGGAGGUAAAAGGGAGGGAGUGAGUGAGCCUCUUGACGCAUCGGGAGAGAGUGAGCACACCAGGGCUUCACUUUACAAUAUCCAACCUGCGAGACGCCACGCCGUAAACUAGGCUCCUGACUCCGAGAGAGUAAGAGAGGAAGCAUGGAGGGACAGUAGGAGCCGCGCAAAACGACACAGCCCGUCCUUGUAACGCUGCACAAAGAAACAGCAGCAUUUUUGCGCGCAAGUCACACGGAUACUUCUUUUUUUUGCCCGGGAGCGUCGCCGAGACUCGGCAGUGAUGUCUGUGUGCAGAAUUGUCUUCAGUGAUAACAUACGGAUUAUUCUGAGGCUGUGAGUUCCUUGGAGACAGUACUACUGAAAGGACAGAUUGUGAACCAGGUGUAAAUCGGAUUCCAUACCUUCGUGAUUGGAUGUGAGACUACUUUGACCCGACAAAAUUGAAGAUGAUGUUGCUAUGGAAACUGCUGGUGCUGCAGUCACUUAUGGGGUGCCUUGCAGGAAGCAGCAUCCUGCAGAGCCCCGUGUUCACCAAGCAGCCUGGCAGCAUUGUGUAUCCUGUGGAGAUAGUGGAGAAGAACAGGGAGGUGGUGUUCAGCUGUGAAGCCCAGGGAAACCCACCCCCCAUGUACCGAUGGAAACUGAAUGGCACAGAAAUCAAUCCCAAAUCUGGAUCCCACUACAGCCUUUCUGGAGGAAACCUCAGAAUCAGCCAUUUGAACAAAGACCAGGAUGCUGGAACGUAUCAGUGCCUCGCCUCCAACUCUUUCGGGACCAUCGUCAGCAGGGAGGCCAGCCUCACCUUUGCAUACUUGGAAAGCUUCAAGACCCACAGAAGAAACUCUGUAUCAGUGCGCGAAGGCCAAGGAGUGGUUCUGCUGUGCGGCCCCCCAUCACAUUCAGGAGAUCUCGUGUUUUCCUGGAUCUUUAACGAGUACCCGACAUUUGUGAUGCAGGACACUCGGCGCUUCAUCUCCCAGGAGACGGGUAAUCUGUACAUCGCCAAAGUGGAGCCCUCGGAUGUUGGAAACUACACCUGUGUGGUGACUAACACCGUCACAAAGUCCCGAGUGGAGGGUCCGCCCACUCCUCUAGUGCUCCGCAGCGAUGGUGUGAUGGGUGAAUACGAGCCAAAGAUUGAGGUUCAGUUUCCAGAGCUUGUUCAUGUUGCCAAAGGAUCCACUGUAAAGCUGGAGUGCUUCGCUCUGGGAAACCCGGUACCGUCUAUCACCUGGAAAAGAGUGGACGGUGUCCCCUUCCCCAGGAAAGUGGACAUGAGGAAAGCCAGCGGCGUCCUGGAGAUCCCGUAUUUCCAGCAGGAGGACGCGGGCACGUACGAGUGCGUGGCGGAGAACUCCAGGGGGAUGAACACAGUGAAAGGGAAGCUCUCUUUCUAUGCUCCCCCUCAUCUCAUCGAGAAACCCCAAGAUGUCCAGAAGCUCAUCGAUGAAGCCAUGGUGUGGGAGUGUAAAGCCACCGGGAAGCCAAAGCCUUCGUACAGGUGGAUGAAAAAUGGAGAGAACCUUGAGCCUGUGGAGGAGCGCAUACAGGUGGCCAACGGAGCAUUGACCAUCAGCCGCCUGACCCUGUCCGACACAGGGAUGUACCAGUGUGUGGCCGGGAACAAGCACGGCGAGGUCUACUCCAACGCAGAGCUCCGAAUUAUAGCUGUUGCCCCAGAUUUCUCUCACAACCAACUGAAGAGCCAGACGCUGGUGAAGGUUGGAGGAGACGUGCUCAUCGAGUGCAAACCAAAGAUGUCUCCUUGGGGUGUGAUCUCAUGGCGGAAGGGCAGCGAACCACUCCGAGAAAGUAACAGGAUCUCCAUCUUGGACAACGGUAACCUUCGGAUAUGGAACGCAACCAAAUCUGAUGCAGGCCUCUUCACCUGCAUGGCACGAAACCAGUUUGGCGUGGCCAGCAGUACAGGAAGUGUCACCAUUAAAGAGGCGACCGUCAUCACCACCCUGCCCACCACGCUGGACAUCACCGUGGGGGAGAGCGUGGUCCUGCCCUGCCAAGUGAGCCACGACCCCUCCCUGGAGCUCAAGUUCACCUGGUUCUUCAACGAGCAGCUCAUCUACUUCGGGAACCAUGAGGGAUUCUUUGAAAAAGUGGGAGGCCAACAUUCGGCAGGAGACAUUAUGAUCCGAAACAUCCAGCUAAGGCAUGCGGGAAAGUACACGUGCGCUGUGCAAACCAAGGUGGACAGCAUUUCCAUCGCUGUUGACUUGGUAGUCAGAGGUCCCCCGGGGCCGCCUACCAGCAUCCAAGUAGAAGAAAUCACUGAUACCACAGCCUCUCUGUCCUGGAGGCCUGGUCCCGAUAAUCACAGUCCAAUUACGGCAUACACCAUCCAGGCCAGGACACCAUUUUCCCUCGGGUGGCAGGCUGUCACCACAGUUCCUGAGGUGGUGGGGGGCCACCGGCUGACAGCUACAGUAAUAGACCUGAGCCCUUGGGUGGAGUAUGAGUAUCGAGUCCUGGCGGGCAACACCAUCGGGACCGGGGAGCCCAGCAAGCCCUCCAAACAAGCAAGGACGAAGGGGACCUCUCCGAAGGUCACACCAGCUAAUGUGAGUGGAGGCGGUGGCAGUCGCUCCGAAUUAGUCAUCACAUGGGAGCCGGUUCCAGAGGAGCAGCAAAAUGGACCGGGUUUUGGCUACGUUGUGGCUUUUCGACCCCACGGUGCCACCGGGUGGAUGCAGGCUGCCGUAACAUCCGCCGAGGCAUCCAAAUACAUCUUUAAAAACGACACCAUCCAGCCCUUCUCGCCUUUCCACGUGAAGGUUGGGGUUUAUAACAAUGAGGGGGAAGGGCCUUUCGGACCUGUUACCACGAUCAACUCAGCUGAAGAAGAGCCUGGCCGAGCUCCCACCAGGGUCCGUGCCAAGAGCCUCUCAGCAUCCGAGAUUGAAGUUUUGUGGAAAGCUCUGCCCUGGAACACCAGCAAGAAAAGAGUCCUGGGCUAUGAGCUGAGGUACUGGACUAGAAGUGAAAGGGAAGACACGACUAGUGUGCUAAGGACUGUAGGAAACCAAACGUCUACCAUUAUCCGCGGGGUAAAAAGCAGCACCACAUAUUACAUCUCAGUGAGGGCAUAUAACACUGCUGGAACAGGGCCUCCCAGCCCCACCGUCAACGCUACCACCAAAAAACCACCGCCUAGUCAGCCACCCGGUAAAGUGAGUUGGAACACAUCAAACUCCAAGAUUAUAUUGAACUGGGAGCGAGUCAAAGCCCUCGAGAAUGAGUCAGAGGUCACAGGUUACAAAGUGCUGUACAAGAAGAACAGACACAGCCGCCCCCACGUCAUGGAAACCAACACCACCUCUGUGGAGCUCGCCCUGCCCACCGAUGAGGAUUAUAUCAUCCAGAUAAAGCCCUUUGGAGAGGGAGGGGAAGGCAGCAGUAGCAGGCAGAUCACCAUCCCAAGGAUACCAGGCCCCAACGCUGUCGGCUCAGCAUCCAAGGUCUCCACUCUAUCAGCCCUCAGUACAAUAGCACUGUCUUUCACAGCGCGGACAUCUUUAUGACAAACAGCUCCCAGCAGACGGUGCAUCUGAUGUGGAGACAUCUCUUCGGCGGAACGCAAACACAGCCCACUCUGGUGUAACUAGAUCCAUUCAUUUCGAUUUUAGAGGCAAAAGGGAGACAUAAAAAAAAUACGCCAUUCAGAUGACAGGGAAGGAGUCCCCUUCAGCACCCGAGUAAAGGAGAUUGAGCGAUGUCAUGACCAUGUUGUUACCAAAGCAGCUUUCAUAAGAAAAAAACAAAAAUAAAGAGAAAAAUGUCUUAUAUGCAUCUUUUUGUAUGACAUGUUGAGCUUUAUAGAUUUGUGUUUGUCCUUAAUCAAUUUGAAGUCAGUCUGGGCUUACUGGGGCGAAAACAAUAAAGUGCAUGGCAAAUAACAUCAUCAAAUUUUCCAGUCUGGACGCUAAGAAUGUGAUUUGACAGCGCACCUUCUUCUCAAAUAAGACAAUACUUGUAGAUUGGAGACGUUUCUUUUCUUCAAGUGAAUGAACUCUUAGCUGUUGUCUGUAACAUCUCUGUGUUUUCUGUUUCUGCAAUGUUUCUAAAUUGUUUCACUCCAAGGACUGUAUUGACUUGGGUCAUUCAUGGUCAUCUUACCAAACACUGGUAGAUGAAGAGAGGACAAAUCAUCCGUCUCUACAGCACAUGCUAAUGCUUUACAAUUGGGAAAGUGUUAGCAUACUUGAUGAAGUUAGCCGGUUUAAGUUUUUUUUUAAGAUUCUUUAUAUACAGUAUAUCAUGAAUCCGUAGAAAAACGUCCUCCUAGUUCAUGCUAACUGGACUAUCGAAAAGGAUUGGAUUUCCUCAAGUCAGUCGUAAUGCAAUACUUACGUUUGUGUUGAGUUAAUAGUGUUCAUAAUCAUUCCUCUGUCCAUCCUGGCACAUUGAAGUAUGCCUACACUAUAAAAGAUGCAGCUAACAUGAGGCUGUAGCAGCAAUCAAACAGUUGUCAAAAAAGUUGUGGUUAAGAAAAUGUGUUGUAAGGAAAUACGCUUAAAAAACGUACACUAAUACAUACAUGUACACCUUGUACACCCUCAAAGUUGCACAUAAGACUUUACACAUUGAUAUUUGGGUUGUUUUUUAUGGCACACACAUAGUUUAGUAUCUAUAGUAAAGAUAGGUUACACAUGUAAAAAUAUAUGGGCCCGGGAUCAUAGUACUAUGGGAAAAUAAGACCCUUUGAAAACAAGACCCUUUGAAAACUUGGGACCCUGGGAGCAUAGGACCAUCAAAACAUAUAGGAAUGAACCCAACAUACCCACUUGAUUUUUUGCUAACCGAAGAUUGCUUACGCCUCUUGUUAGUCCUAUCUAAACUGUAAAUUAUAUUAGAAGUGCACUCAAAAGGGAUUGCUUCAUGGACAGAUCGAAUGACCACAUUAGGCGCUUUCACACGGCAGUACUUUCCCCACAAAGAUUCAUGAGAACUUAGUUCAUGAGAACUCUUUAGUUCUCAUGAACUAAGUACAGAUCGCGUUCACACCGGAAUAAGUUCCUGGGGAAGGAUUAGGCAAAUGAAGCCGCUGACGUCACUUCUUCUUCUUCUGCUUUUUUACU